AUGAAUAGACAAGGGGUACUGAUCCUAGAUCAGCGCUGCUACGCUGAGACACCUUAUGAACGUGGGCCCUUAACUUCCUGCAUCUGGACGUAGCCUACGUGAAGAAGCCUAUAGGCCAUUGAAAGAUCAAACCCUAAAAAGAGAAAGAGGUUAAGUAUACAAAUGUCACUGAGAGAUGAGAGCGGAUUACCCUCAUAGAAAAUACAGUCAAAAUAUUGAAGCUGUGUGUGCGCAGACAGAUACCGUGCAGGUGACGCUGACUGACUGUCCCUAGAAUCAUUCAUCCUGAAAGCGCCAACAUAUUUUUAGCUUAGAAGCGCCAACUAGGGUCUUUUUUUUUUUUGUUGCAAAAAUUAUUUCAAGCAUUAACACUUUUAAUUUCAUUAACCUUUUGUAACACAAGCAAAUUGUUUGAAUUCCCCAAAAGAAGCAUAUAUUUCUUUAGAAUUUUCACACAUUUCAAAUUUGAUGUUGAACAGAUAUUUUAAUCAAUUUCAUCCAUAGCCACUUGUACUGAAAAGUGUCUGUUAUUCAUUCAUAGUGUUGUGUUUCUGUGAUACUCAGAGGCUGAGAAAUUAGCGAUUGAGCUAAUCUGACAUACCGGUACGACCUAAAAAGGCCAACAAUAUGGGCGCCGGUGCCAUCAGACUUUUACGGCAUUGCCAUCAGCCAUUGAGGAAAUGCUUCCUUUGAAAUCAAUGAAAGCUGCUAUACUGCCCGUGUUGCACUCGCGUUGUGUCACGUCCAAUGGCAUUGUCCAAGCUCAAGAAUCGCAGAGGUUAAAUUCUCCAUGGCUGAGGGGCGCGUUUAUUCUAUCUUGUGUAUUGAAAUAAUUAGAAAUAAAGUUGAUUUUGGUUGCAUAUGGUCUCAUCUAUACACCACUGGUUAUUUUUCAUUAAGAUUUAUGAAGUCAAGAACCAACAUUUACUAGCUAGCAGAAGCUAGCUAGCUACAUUGACUAUGUUCACAAUGUAAACAAAAGCAACUUGUGUAAUUAGAGUAUCAUAUAGUACAACCACUACCAAAUAUUUUAUUAGUACUUGCGAAAAACUGGACCAAAGCUACUGUACUUACACAUAAUGGAUGAAUGUGUUAAAGUACAGUACAGUACAGGACAACACAGUACAGUACAGGACAACACAGUACAGGACAGGACAGGACAGUACAGGACAGGACAGGACAUACAGUACAGGACAGGACAAUACAGGACAGUACAGGACAAUACAGGACAGUACAAUACAGUACAGUACAGGACAAUACAGGACAAUACAGGACAGUACAAUACAGUACAGGACAGGACAAUACAGGACAGAUACAGUACAGGACAGGACGACACAGACAGUACAUACGUGACUACAGUACAGUACAGACAUACAGUACAGUACAUACAGGACAAACAGUACAGACCGACAUGAAAAUAGACAGUACAUGACAAGGAAUAGUCAUACAGGACAUGUACCAUACAGGCAUACAGUACAGACAGGACAAUCAGGAACAGUACAGGACAACAGUACAGACAGGACAGGACAAAUACAGUACAGACAGGACAAUACAGGACAGUACAGGAAAUACAGGACAGACAAUACAGUACAGGACAGUACAUACAGGACAGAUACAGGACAGGACAAUACACAGUACAGUACAGGACAAUACAGACAGACAGGACAUACAGGACAGGACACGAUACAACAGGACAGUACAGUACAGGACAGACAAGUACAGGACAUACAGUACAGGACAGAAUAGGACAGUACAGGACAGGACAAUACAGUACAGUACAGGACAUACAGCGACAGUACAGUACAAACAGGACAGGACAAGUACAGACAGACAGUACAGCGACAGACAGGACAGGAACAGUACAGGACAGUACAGGACAAUACACAGGACAGGACAAUACAGUACAGUACAGACAAUACAGGGACAGACAGUAAUACAGUACAGGACAAUACAGGACAUACUAGGACAGGACAGUACAGGAACAGACGGACAUACAGGACAGGACAAUACAGUACGACAGGACAGUACAGACAACAGGACAUUACAGACUAAGGACAGUACAGACAAUACAGACAGUACGUAACAGGACAUACAGGACAGUACAGCGGACAGGACAAUACAGUACAGACAGGACAAUACAGACAGACAGACAUACAGUACAGACAGUACAAGACAUACAGGAAUACAGACAGUACAGGGACAAUACAGGAACAGGACAUACAGUACAGGACAGACAGACAGGACACGAAGACAAUACAGGACAACAGUACACGGACAGGACAACAGGACAGUACAUAGUACAGACAGGACAACAGGACAGUACAGACAGGCAGGACAAUACAGACGACAGGACAGGACAGUACAGUACAGUACAGGACAGACAAUACAGACAGUACAGUACAGUACAGACAGGACAGGAACAGGACAUAGUACAGGUCAGUACAGACAGACAGACAGAUACAGUACAGUACAGUACAGUACAGUACAGUACAGUACAGUACAGUACAGGACAGGACAGGACAAUACAGGACAGUACAGUACAGUACAGGACAGGACAGGACAGGACAAUACAGUACAGGACAGGACAGUACAGUACAGGACAGGACAGGACAAUACAAUACAGGACAGGACAGUACAGUACAGUACAGGACAGGACAAUACAGUACAGUACAGGACAGGACAGGACAAUACAGUACAGUACAGGACAGGACAGGACAGGACAGGACAGGACAAUACAGUACAGGACAAUACAGGACAGGACAACACAGUACAGUACAGGACAGGACAGGACAAUACAGUACAGUACUGAUGAGUUUUAGCUCUAACUUUGGAUAAUAUGGGCUAUAACUAAGUUCCAACUACAUCUGAAAGAUGAGACUCUCGACAUACAUCUACCUCUCUACCAAAUUUGGUGCUUUUAUCACAAAGUUGACUAUUGAUUCCACAUUUUCAGCUUUAGGCGCCCGCAUACAAGGAUCGAUUUGCUCCUACCAGAUCUCAGCUACGCGAAGCGAACGUCUGUGCCUCGCAUCCACCCUUAAAGGACCUUAGCUUGAAAAACUUGAAAAAAGGCAAUAUUACUGUUUGUCCUGCUUGAGAUGCUGCAGCAACAACAUAGCCAGUAUUCACUUCCUCAAAAUAGUUUGAAUUAAUCUACGAUAAAUCAAGACAUCUGCAGUGGUGUAAAGUACUUAAGUAACAACUUUUACUUUUACUUCACUACAUUCCUAAAGAAAAUAAUGUAGUUUUUACUCCAUACAUUUUCCCUGAGACCCAAAAGUGCUUGUUACAUUUUGAAUGCUUAGCAGGACAGGAAAUUUGUCCAAUUCAUGCACUAAUCAAGAGAAUAUCCCUGGUCAUCCCUACUACCUGAUCUGGUGGAUUCACUAAAUACAAAUGCUUCGUUUGUAAAUUAUGUCUGAGUGUUGGAGUGUGCCCCUGGCUAUCCGUCUGGUUUACUUAAUGUAAGGAAUUUGAAAUUAUUUAUACUUUUACUUUUACUUUUGAUACUUAAGUACAUUUUAUCAAUUACAUUUACUUUUGAUACUUAAGUAUAUUUAAAACCAAAUACUUUCAGACUUUUACUCAAGUAGGAUUUUACUGGGUGACUUUCUCUUUUACUUGAGUCAUUUUCUAUUAACGUAUCUUUACUUUUACUCAAGUAUGACAAUUGGGUACUUUUCCCACCACUGGAAAUUAAUUUUGUCAUUUUUGCCGAGGAGAUCUUAGUCGCGAAAUUUUACAACUAACUAAGAUGUUUGGUGCAGUAUUUCUCAAGUGAAAAAAUGUGCAUGAAAAUGAAUUAUCUCUUGUUGAAUGACAAUAAACACUUCAUUGAAUAAUCCCAUCCAUAGUUCCCACUCCUACUAGGAGUAGUACAAUCACCAACAAAGAGGCAUAGACUUUGGCUACCAAACUUCGACUUGCCUCAAGAAAAAAUAUUGUGCGCUCCAACAGCUGAAAAAAACUCUGCCGAACAUCAAAACGUCACAACAUUUUGUCAUAAUAUAUAUGCUAACUGUUCCAACUGGGAAGCAUGUGACAGGCUUAACCCAGAUAGCAAAUCAUUUCCUCCCGCUUGGUAUUUGGCAGAUGCUACCUUGCAUUCUGUCAAACAGUCUUGCCAUCGCCACAUCCUGGACUGGGGGAUAAGGCCUAUUUCAGGGACUUGUUUCUGAAGACCAUUCUUCACAGUAACUUUUGAUAUUAUUAAAUGUGUUUGUCACGCCCUGACUCUGGGGACUCUUAUUUGUUGAGUUAGGGUGUGUAUUUUUAUUGUGGUGUAUUGUCUAUGUUGUAUAUUCUAGUAUGUGUAUUUCUAUGUUGGCCGGUGUGGUUCCCAAUCAGAGGCAGCUGUCGCUCGUUGUCUCUGAUUGGAGACCAUACUUAGGCAGCCUAUUGGCACUAGUGGGUUGUGGGAUCUUGUUCCGUGUUAGGUAUGUUGUUUGUGUACCUUGGACUUCACGUUUCGUUUCUUGUUUUGUCGUUGUGUUUAAUAGUCAAAUAAACAUGUAUGCAUGUCAUGCUGCGCCUUGGUCUGACCCGUCGAUGAACGAACGUGACAGAAGAUCCCACCAAACGAGGACCAAGCAGCGUGUCCAGGAGCAGACAGCCUGGACAUGGGAGGAGAUUCAGGCCGGGAUGGAUCGCCGUCCUUGGGAGGAGACAGUGGAGGCGCGGUAUAGAGAGGAGCAGCGGCAACGCAGAAGGCGCCGGCCGAGGAAGAAGCCCGAGAGACAGCCCCAAGAAAAUGUUUGGGGGGGGCUAAAAGGGUGGUUGGCGGAGCCUAGUGUUAGAGCAGAGCCAACUCCCCGUACUCACGCGAGGAGGCGUGUGACUGGGCAGGCUCCGUGUUAUGCGGAGCUACGUACUGUGUCGCCAGUGUGCCGGCACAGUCCUGUACGUCCUGUACUAGCACCACGCACGUGCCGUGCGAAGAUGGGCAUCCAGCCAGGACGGGGUGUGCCGGCUCAACGCUCCUGGUCUCCAGUACGCCUCCUCGGUCCCGCAUAUCCUGCGCCGGUUCUACGUACUGUAUCGCCAGUACGCGUGCACAGCCCAGUGCGUCCUGUGCCAGCGCCCCGCACGUGUAGUGCGAAAGUGGGUAGCCAGCCAGGACGGGUUGUGCCAGCUCUCUGCUCCAGACCUCCAGUCCGCCUUCGCAGUCCGGUCCGGCCCGUUCCUGCUCCUCGCACCAAGCCAGUGGUGCGCGUCGCCAGCCCGACCCGGCCCGUUCCUGCUCCUCGCACCAAGCCAGUGGUGCGCGUCGCCAGCUCGGCCCGGCCCGUUCCUGCCCCUCGCACCAAGCCAGUGGUGCGCGUCGCCAGCCCGGCCCGGCCUGGCCUGUUCCUGCCCCUCACACCAAGCCAGUGGUGCGCGUCGCCAGCCCGGCCCGGCCUGUUCCUGCCCCUCGCACCAAGCCGGUGGUGCGCGUCGCCAGCCCGGUCCAGCCUGUUCCUGUCCCUCGCACCAAGCCGGUGGUGCGCGUCGCCAGCCCGGCCCGGCCUGUUCCUGCCCCUCGCACCAAGCCGGUGGUGCGCGUCGCCAGCCCGGCCCGGCCUGUUCCUGCCCCUCGCACCAAGCCAGUGGUGCAUGUUUCUAGUCCGGUUCGGCCCGUGCCUGCUCCUCGCACCAGACCAGUGGUGAGUGUGUCCAGUCCGGCAUGACCCGUGCCCGUUCCACCGGUGCCUGGUCCGGCACCAGUCAGCAGCUCCAGUCCGGAGUCAGAGCAGUCCGCUUUAACAGUGCCUGAUCCAGCUCCGGUAAGCUGCUCCAGUCCGGAGCCAGAGCAGUCCGCUCCACCGGUGCCUGAUCCAGCUCCGGUCAGCGGCUCCACUCCGGAGCCAGAGCAGUCCGCUCCACCGGUGCCUGAUCCAGAUCCGGUGAGCGGCUCCAGUCCGGACCCAGACGUCAGCCCCUCUCCAGGUUCGGGGUCUCCCACACCAGGGUCCAGACAGGGCUUGGAGUAUAGUGGGAGGAAGGAGAGGGGAAGCAGCGCGCCGAGGUCCAGACCAGACCAGGGGCGCAACAGGGAGGCGGAGAAUAGGUGGUUGUUACGCCCGGAGCCGGAUCCGCCUCCGAGGCGGAAUGCCCACCCGGCCCCUACCCUGUUUAGUAAAGGUUGUGCGGUCGGAGUCCGCACCUUUGGGGGGGGGGGGGGUACUGUCACGCCCUGACUCUGGGGACUCUUAUUUGUUGAGUCAGGGUGUGUAUUUUCAUUGUGGUGUAUUGUCUAUGUUGUAUAUUCUAGUAUGUGUAUUUUUAUGUUGGCCGGUGUGGUUCCCAAUCAGAGGCAGCUGUCGCUCAUUAUCUCUGAUUGGGGACCAUACUUAGGCAGCCUAUUGGCACUAGUGGGUUGUGGGAUCUUGUUCCGUGUUAGGUAUGUUGUUUGUGUACCUUGGACGUUUCUUGUUUUGUUGUUGUGUUUAAUAGUCAAAUAAACAUGUAUGCAUAUUACGCUGCGCCUUGGUCUGACCUGUCGAUGGACGAACGUGACAGUGUUACACUUGUUUUCUUAACUUUUUAAGUAAAUUCUUAAAACCAUAUGUUUGAUGUAUUUGAUACCAUUCCACUUAUUCCGCUCCAGCCGUUACCACAAGCCCGUCCUCCCCAAUUAAGAUGCGACCAACCUCCUGUGACUGAGUAUACAAAACAUUAAAGACACCUGCUAUUUCCAUGACAUAGACUGACCAGGUAAAUCCAGGUGAAAGCUAUGAUCCCUUAUUGAUGUAAAUUGUUAAAUCCACAAAUCAGUGUAGAUGAAAGUGAGGAGACAGGUUAAAUAAUUAUUUUUAAGCCUUGAUGUUUUGUACACUCAGUGUAUAUGUUACUUAUUUGAUUACUGUCACUUUUGUCGCCAUUGAACUGUAGGGCCUACAUGACAAUAACAUUUGAUUUGACUGGAUUUGAUUUGUCAUCACCAGCGGAUCCAGGUGACCAGGACUGGCCCUUGUUAUCUGAUAUAUUUUUCACACACAUAAUCAUUUACAGUACUUUUCCAAAUGGACAUCCAAUGUACCUUAAAUAAUAAAAAUCUAUAAAUAUAUACUGUGUAUAUAUAUAAACAAAAAUAAGUGGUGACGGAGUAGGCAUGCCGCUGGCUGGCCCGUGUACACAAGGGUCGAAACAACGUGGUGAAACACCGCCUCCCAUUCAUUUUCGAUGGAAGGAAAGCGGUGAAAAGGGGACCGUUGGGAGGCGAGAACGUGGCAUGGGAGGUGGUGAAAAAGUUCACGGCCUGUGUACGCUGGCACACGGAAAAUUGCCGCAUGCCGCUUCAGCCGCCCAGAGUGGCUCGCUUGUGGGUGUCCUGGCAGCAUAUGGCAGCAUAUAGCAAUAGUUUGGUUGUGCAUAAAAAAUUCAGCAUAGUAAAUGUGUAUGAAGGUCUGGUUAUUAAAUGGUUAAAUAGUUUAAUCCAUUCUCCUUUCAUGAAUUUAUUCAAGGUAAAUAGUCAUAUGCUCUAAACCUCUCUGGUGACAAACACACUUUGCUGCCCUGUUUCCAAUCAUCCACAUGGCUGAGAGAACCUAUUCAAGUAAGUAAAUACAUUUUGAAAAUGUAAAAUAAACUGAGGUAUUAUUAGCUAUCUAGCUACUGUACAGUGCAGGCUAACUCAAAUUAACUGCUAACAUAGCUAGCUAGCUAUCUAGCCAACUUUACAUACUGUAUAGCUAGCUAGCUAAGUGAAUUCAAUAUCACCAGCUACCUAACUUCAUAUUAGCUAGCUAUCGUCAUUGUAAAAAACAAACUCCAAAUGCAUUUGUAGGUAGCUAGCUAACAGCCAUGGAGGAGGGUGAAAGGAUAGCAGCCCCAACUGUCAAAGGGGAGAGAGUAGGCUAUUCUGGAUAGGGCAGGUACUUUUGUGUAGUUCCAGUCCCUAGAAGUGAGGAAUGAGAUAAUAGUAACAUAAUAUUCAGUGCUGUCUAAUUUGAGUAUAAUGAAGUCUGUUUCUUGUGAGGUUUUCUGUCCUCAGAUACAGAGAGCUGUGAAAGCCUGUCUGCAGAUGAAGAGGUCCCAAUGAAGAGCAGUGGUUCUCAGUCCUGGUCCUGGGGACUCAAAGGGGUGCAAAUUUUUGCACUACAAAGCUGAUUCAAAUGAUCAAGUCAUCAUCAAGCUUCAAGUGGCAUUUAUGUAUUCAUUUGUGAUGCUAUCCUUGAAAUGAUCCUGCUGUUGUCCCAUGCUACAUUUACAUUUACGUCAUUUAGCAGACGCUCUUAUCCAGAGCUAUGGGGGGGUAUUCAAUUAUCCUUUUGAUGUGAGAGAGGAUGCCAACCUCCAGUCCCAUCAUCGCCACCUCACCCGCUCUAAGAUAACCCGCCCAAGGCUGUUUAGGAGACACCGUUAGAGACACUAUUAUGUAAUUGUGAUGAACUGAGAGAAUAUGAAGUUUAGUAGCACUGUAAUUCAUUAAUCAUAUGCUGUCUUCCCUAGUAGCACUGUAAUUCAUUAAUCAUAUGCUGUUUUCCCUAGUAGCACUGUAAUUCAUUAAUCAUAUGCUGUCUUCCCUAGUAGCACUGUAAUUCAUUAAUCAUAUGCUGUCUUCCCUAGUAGCACUGUAAUUAAUUAAUCAUAUGCUGUCUUCCCUAGUAGCACUGUAAUUCAUUAAUCAUAUGCUGUUUUCCCUAGUAGCACUGUAAUUCAUUAAUCAUAUGCUGUUUUCCCUAGUAGCACUGUAAUUCAUUAAUCAUAUGCUGUUUUCCCUAGUAGCACUGUAAUUCAUUAAUCAUAUGCUGUUUUCCCUAGUAGCACUGUAAUUCAUUAAUCAUAUGCUGUCUUCCCUAGUAGCACUGUAAUUAAUUAAUCAUAUGCUGUUUUCCCUAGUAGCACUGUAAUUCAUUAAUCAUAUGCUGUUUUCCCUAGUAGCACUGUAAUUAAUUAAUCAUAUGCUGUUUUCCCUAGUAGCACUGUAAUUCAUUAAUCAUAUGCUGUUUCCCUAGUAGCACUGUAAUUCAUUAAUCAUAUGCUGUUUUCCCUGCUCCUCUGUUCUUAUCUCUUUCCCUUUCUGUCUUUUACACUCUCACACCUCUCUCCCACCUCCUCUUUCUUCCUCUGUUUUUAUAAUGGACACCAGAUGUGCAUUGAAGUACAGAUUGAACUUGUAUUUAUAAUAUUACAAUUAUAAUAUUUAUAAUGCAUGUAUUAUGUAUUUAUAACACUUGGAUAAUGAACUUCUUUCAAUAAAGUAUUUCACAUUCUCUACUGGAAUUAGUUCACAUUCUCUACUGGUUGAAAUUAAGUAUCUCGUUUGAUGAAAUACUACACCUAUCCUAUGUCUUCAGAUCAGUGCAGAUGAAGGAAAUUAAAUAUUGAGAUGAAUGUGUUUUAGAGUAUAUACAUGAUGCAUAGGAAGUGUAGUGUACUGUUUUUAAAAUUCUGGUUCUGUAUAUAUGAAUUACAAAUCAGCCUUUAACUAGUUAAAUCAUGUGUUCCAGUCUAUUGUAGAGUUCAAUGUGUAACCACUGAUGUCCCAGAACCAGGAUUGGUAAACACUGUUGAAGUGUACAAUUGUAAUACAUACAUGCAGACACAGCAUCAUUCAAAUACAGGAUGUUGAUACUCCUGGUAUUGGAUAUGACUGAAAAAGAAUGUCUCACAUACAUUCAUACCUGAACCAUAGCUUUAUUUGUCAAGGUAGAGUACAUGAUCAGUGAAUAUAUUCAAUGUACAGGCUACAAUGUGGGGGAACUCAAGCUUGGUAAUAACUACAUGUAUAUACGACUUGGCACAAUAAAGUUAUAUUAUACUCUACUAAAUUCACAGGUUUCAUUGAUGCCAUUCAGACUGUUUUGAUGUCGAUAUAACUGACUAUGAUAGCUGAGGUUCAUGGCUAGGUCAUAGCUAGGUUCAUAGCUAGCUAGCUAAUAUUGACAUUAUAAUAUUGACAUGUAACAGUCAUGUGUGUAACAGUAAUUUUCUGCAGUUUCUUGGGGAUUAAUGAUUAACUGGUGGAAGCAUUUAAAACCACUGUUCUGAACUAAUAUUAAUACCAAACAUUUUAGGGUCCAUACACAGAUCGGCUACAUAGCUAGCUACAUCCAUAAGCAUACAGGUAUUUUUAUAAUUCACUACACAAUAAGACAGAAAAUAGUUAGCUAGCCACGUUACUUCAGCUGCAUUGCAUGGGAAAUAUCAGCAAGGCAAGCUUACAAAAUUGUACAUUCAAUUCGCAGUAAAUGCUUCCCUUACGAAAAAAGAUUGCAGUCAGAGUGCAGUAUACGUAUAAAUGUAGUUAGCGUGCAGUAUAACUGCAGUAUGGUGCAAAUACUGCGUCCAAAAUAACAGUUAUUUUUACUGCAGUUAUUCUGCAAUUACUGCGUCCAAAAUACCACAGCCGACUGCAGUUACUGCACUUUUACUGCAGUUUCAAAACUGCAAUCUUUUUUUGUAAGGGUUUAGCUAGCUAGAUUCUUUACAUCCACUGUUUCACAAGAUGACAGCCUGGUUUGGCCGUUUUUAUCAGGAGCGCCGCCCACUAGUGUACACCGCCGUGAGUGAGGCGAUGGGCAAAAAAGCUGUCGCAAGGCGAGUGACCACCCUGGCGGGCUGCGUGCCUCUGGAGUGAUCGUUGCUAGCUGGAUAGUAGGCCUAUGCAAGGUAUAUUGUUUUUCAUUCCUUAACACAGAAAUCAUGGUCAAUUAUGUUUUUUGUCCGUAACUUGACAAAGUCCUUAAAUUUUAGAAGGAUAAAAAAAGGGUUUCGAAAUAAUGACAUUGUUGAUCCCUUGGCAAUUUUAGGGUUAAUUGCGUCCUUUUUUUAUUGACUUCCUGCGCACUGGCAGGUGACAUAACUAUAAUUCUACUAGUCACAUAUGAUGGUGAGGUGCACACUGUACAGUCUAUUCUAAAUAACUCCACUAAUUCAGACCAAAGUCAUAUUUUUUGUCAUAUUUAUCUUAUUAUGCAGGCUAUUUAUAUCCAGCUAAAAGUAGUUCACUAUUUGAGGAAUAGGAUGUGAAGUUAUCACAGGCUAUUGAAAGGCGAACACAGGCUAUUGAAAGGCGAACACUUUGGCGCAUGACCAUUGAAAUGGUAAACUAAGUGGCGCUGUGGAGUUGCCUGGAGAUGCUCAAACUCCAUGCGUAGUUAACACUGCAAUGGUGCAAGCCAUCCCAACUCACCACAGACCGGCCAAGUAGCUACGAUCAUAGCUACGAUCAUGUGAGACCAGCCAGCAAGAAGAAUAAAGACAAUACGGCUACGCGCAUCUUGAAAAUGUUCUGUACGCAAUAGAACCGAUAUUUCAGAACCAUUGCAUAUUACGGGAUUACUUCUUCUUUAAAGACCUGGAAGCGGUGAGUAGACUUCUCUGUGUAGUAAGACUGUUGAGUCCGAUCCGAUUGUCUAGAAACAUUAAUUGAAUACUAAGUUCGCCAACUUGAUUUGCGCACUCUUGUGUGUGUAGAAUGCGCUGUCUAUGGUGUGUAAUGACCAUCUCGCUGUUGGUAUUCCAACUUUUUUAUUAAAGCAAUCACAAACACCGAAAUCACAAGGUGGUAGCCUACAACUGCAUCAAUUUAACUUAUAUCAAAUUGUGCUGUAUUUCACAAGUUAAAGUGGAUGUUUAUCACAAUUGAAACUGUACAGGACAGAUCUGCACUUCAAAUUGAGGAUAUAUUUGUUGUAGUGCCGCUAUCUAUGUAAGGAGAACCUGUUGUUUCUAGUAUUAGCCACUAUUUGAACAUGUUCAUCUGUUGAAUGGACAUUUAAUAAUAGGUUUAGCUUUAGCCAGCAGUGAAAGCUCUCGGCUAUCUAAGUAGCUAUAAGAAUGACUUAUUUUAACUAUGAGCACAUGGCUGUUCUUCUGUAGCCUAAAUGAAUUCUAUGGAUACAUUUCUAUGUAUCUACAUUUUACAGGCCAAUGUUGAAAACCUUUCCAAUUUCGGCACCCUUUUGACUUAUGAGUCCACCUGACAUUUUAAAGCCAUUUUAAAAUAGACUUAUACAAUCGACUCCGGGGCAUGAGUGAUUAGUCACUCCGACAAGUAGCUUAGCCACCAGCUGUAAGGAACAGUACUUAAUUAGCCACCAAUUUGUACCUGUUUUUCCAGAGGGGGCCCCUCUUAUCAAUGUCCUCCUCAAUGAAUCAGUUAGCUAGGAGCUAGUGUAAUCACAGUCACAGUUAAGCUCUGAGCCCUAUGGUCUAGUCUAGGGCCUUCUGUUGGUGAACUGAUUUUCUACACUUCUAAAUUAUAUGAGUGAAUAGAAUCAAAUGUAUGCCUACAUUUUUGAUAAAGUUACCCCCACAAAGGGUGUGUAUGCGCGCAUGCGUGUUUGUGUGCUUGCCUGCAUAUGGAUGUAAAUGACUGUGUGUGUCUGUGUGUGUGUGUGUUUGUGUGUGUGUGUGUGUGUGUGUGUGUGUGUGUGUGUGUGUGUGUACAUACAAAUCUUCAUUUACACAAAGUAAUCUCAUCAGAACCUGUGUAGCUCAGUUGGUAGGGCAUGGCGUUUGCAACGCCAGGGUUGUGGGUUCGAUUCCCGCGGGGGGCCAGUAUGAAAAUGUAUUCACUCACUAACUGUAAGUCGCUCUGGAUAAGAGCAUCUGCCAAAUGACUAAAAUGUAAAUGUAAACCUAUGCCAGCUCCCAUGGUCUCUCCUCAGUGUCAUGCUGCUGACAGAACUGGAAGCCUGGAGGACUACAUUAGACCAGGAGAUCCUUCCUUCCCAGGCUUAACCAACCCCACAGGAGAGGAACAGAUGGUCUUGGUGGCUGUCUGUUUGUCAGCCUCGCUGUGUGCUAAACAGAUACAGGAGGGGGAGAGAGUAGACCUGCCAGACAUGAUUAGCUGGGUGAAGGGGUUAGGGGGGUUACCAUGUGCCGUGUUUGCCGUGGCUGGCUGCCUCUCUCUGACAGCAGGAAUCUCAGAGGUGUCUGUCCAAGAAAAGCUGAGAACUGCCCAAGAAAAUCUUGAAUUAUUACAUUGAUGACAUGCUCAUGUUAUUUCCUGUUCAAGCCAUUUUUUUCUGGGUUUCCUUUGAGUCAUGUUAUUUCUAGACAAUACAAACUUCACCUUUGUGAGAACGUUUUCCUCGCGUCUUGAAAUACGUAUAAUCCUCACACACAAAACGCUUCCUCCUCAUCCAUUCUCGUCUCUUUCUGAAGAAAGAAAUACUGACAUUUGGUUGCCCUUGAGUAUGGUAUACACACCUGCUCACUCUAUUUCCCAAGAGAGUGAACAUCUAGUAGUCAUACAACCAUAUAGUGGGUUAAUCCAGAUUAAUACUGGGUAACAUCCUUAAAAUAGAUUGUAAUCCACAGCAGCAAUGGCAGAUCAGGUUGGUUGUAUUCUCGUAGUGUACCGGUACUGGUUGAGUGCAAUAUGCUACACUUCCUGUCAAAUGUUAUAUCCCUAUUAUGGAUGGCUGUAGAUGAAUACAAUCAGCCUGAAGGACCCAGGGAGCAAAGAGGUAAGUGGUGAGGGGUUAUUCAAUGACAGAGAGAUACUCAGGCAAGGCCAGGUGGGGACAGAGUGACAGACAUAGGGGUGGAUGGGCCUGCUGGACUCGAGGGAUUGCAGCAGGUAAAGUGAGGGCAGGCCAGGGAGGUUGCCGUGUGAGGAGUUAGAUUAGCUCUUCUGUUGAUUAGAAACUAGGAGGAGAAAAUUGUGGUUCUGGUAGUAAUGUAUACAGUAGGUGGUUCUGGUAGUAAUGUAUAUAGUAGGUAGUUCUGGUAGUAAGGUAUAUAGUAGAUGGUUCUGGUAGUAAUGUAUACAGUAGGUGGUUCUGGUAGUAAUGUAUAUAGUAGAUGGUUCUGGUAGUAAGGUAUACAGUAGGUGGUUCUGGUAGUAAUGUACAGUACCAGUCAAACGUUUGGACACACCUACUCAUUCAAUGGUUUUUCUUUAUUUUUACUAUUUUCUACAUUGUAGAAUAAUAGUGAAGACAUCAAAACUAUGUAAUAACACAUAUGGAAUCAUGUAGUAACCAAAAAAGUGUUAAACAAAUCAAAAUAUAUUUUAUAUUUGAGAUUCUUCAAAGAAGUCACCCUUUGCCUUGAUGACAGCUUUGCACACUUUUGGCAUUCUCUCAACCAGCUUCACCUGGAAUGCUUUUCCAACAGUCUUGAAGGAGUUCCCACAUAUGCUGAGCACUUGUUGGCUGCUUUUCCUUCACUCUGUGGUCCGACUCAUCCCAAACCAUCUCAAUUGGGUUGAGGUCAGGGGAUUGUGGAGGCCAGGUCAUCUGAUGUAGCACUCCAUCACUCUCCUUCUUGGUAAAAUAGCCCUUACACAGCCUGGAGUUGUGAUGGGUCAUUGUCCUGUUGAAAAACAAAUGAUAGUCCCACUAAACCCAAACCAGGUGAGAUGGCUUAUCACUGCAGAAUGAUGUGGUAGCCAUGCUGGUUAAGUGUUCCUUGAAUUCUAAAUAAAUCACAGACAGUGUCACCAGCAAAGCACCCCCACACCAUAACACCUCCUCCUCCAUGCUUUACAGUGAGAAAUACACAUGCAGAGAUAAUCCGUUCAACCACACUGCGUCUCACAAAGCCACGGCGGUUGGAACCAAAAAUCUCAAAUUUGGACUGCAAACCAAAGGACAAAUGAUCACCGGUCUAUUGUCCAUUGCUCGUGUUUCUUGGCCCAAGCAGGUCUCUUCUUCUUAUUGGUGUCCUUUAGUAGUGGUUUCUUUGCAGCAAUUCGACCAUGAUGGCCUGAUUCACACAGUCUCCUCUGAACAGUUGAUGUUGAGAUGUCUGUUACUUGAACUCUGUGAAGCAUUUAUUUGGGCUGCAAUUUCUGAGGCUGGUAACUCUAAUGAACUUAUCCUCUGCAGCAGAGGUAACUCUGGGUCUUCCAUUCCUGUGGCGGUCCUCAUGAGAGCCAGUUUCAUCAUAGCGCUUGAUGGUGUUUGCAACUGCACUUGAAGAAACUUUCAAAGUGCUUGUAAUUCUCCGUAUUGACUGACCUUCAUGUCUUAAAGUAAUGAUGAAGUGUUGUUUCUCAAUGCUUAUUUGAGCAGUUCUUGCCGUAAUAUGGACUUGGUCUUUUACCAAAUAGGGCUAUCUUCUGUAUACCCCCUUACCUUGUCCCAACACCACUGAUUGGCUCAAACGCAUUAAGAAGGAAAUAAAUUCCACAAAUUAACUUUUAAGAAGGCACACCUGUUAAUUGAAAUGCAUUCCAGGUGACUACCUCAUGAAGCUGGUUGCGAGAAUGCCAAGAGUGUGCAAAGCUGUCAUCAAGGCAAAGGGUGGCUAUUUGAAGAUUAUAAAAUAUAUUUUGAUUGGUUUAACACUUUUUUUGGUUACUGCAUGAUUCCAUAUGUGUUAUUUCAUAGUUUUGAUGUCUUCACUAUUAUUCUACAAUGUAAAAAAUAAAAUAAAAACCUUGAAUGAGUAGGUGUGUCCAAACCUUUGACUGGUAGUGUAUAUAGUAGGUGGUUCUGGUAGUAAGGUGUAUAUAGUAGGUGGUUCUGGUAGUAAUGUAUGCAGGAGGUGGUUCUGGUAGUAAGGUAUAUAGUAUAUGGUUCUGGUAGUAAGGUAUAUAGUAGAUGGUAGACAGGAGGUGAGAUAGGUAAUCAACAAAGAUCAGGGUGAAGUAACCAGAUUGGUUAUUAUUGUCUGGACCUUUAGGCCUAAAUAUACUGGACUAAUGUACCAUGUGACCCUAACCCUAAAUAUACUGGACUAAUGUACCAUGUGACCCUAACCCUAAAUAUACUGGACUAAUGUACCAUGUGCAAAAUUGAACAUCAGAACAUUUUAAAGUACUGUAUGAUUAGUGUAUAUCAGUAGUCUCAAACCCAUUUUGCCCAGGGACCAAAUUCUGUGUUCACCGAGGUCCGGAGGGCCGCGAUGUAUUGCCUUGCCUUGGUUCUGGUAGUAAGGUUCGGAGGGCUGCGGUGUAUUGCCUUGCCUUGGUUCUGGUAGUAAGGUUUGGAGGGCUGCAGUGUAUUGCUUUGCCUUGGUUCUGGUAAUAAGGUCCGGAGGGCUGCGGUGUAUUGCUUUGCCUUGGUUCUGGUAGUAAGGUCCGGAGGGCUGCAGUGUAUUGCUUUGCCUUGGUUCUGGUAGUAAUGUCCGGAGGGCUGCGGUGUAUAGCUUUGCCUUGGUUCUGGUAGUAAGGUUCGGAGGGCUGCGGUGUAUUGCUUUGCCUUGGUUCUGGUAGUAAGGUUUGGAGGGCUGCAGUGUAUUUCUUUGCCUUGGUUCUGGUAGUAAGGUCCGGAGGGCUGCGGUGUAUUGCUUUUCCUUGGUUCUGGUAGUAAGGUCCGGAGGGCUGCGGUGUAUUGCUUUGCCUUGGUUCUGGUAGUAAGGUCCGGAGGGCUGCGGUGUAUUGCUUUGCCUUGGUUCUGGUAGUAAGGUUUGGAGGGCUGCGGUGUAUUUCUUUGCCUUGGUUCUGGUAGUAAGGUCCGGAGGGCUGCGGUGUGUUGCUUUGCCUUGGUUCUGGUAGUAAGGUUCGGAGGGCUGCGGUGUAUUGCUUUGCCUUGGUUCUGGUAGUAAGGUUCGGAGGGCUGCGGUGUAUUGCUUUGCCUUGGUUCUGGUAGUAAGGUUUGGAGGGCUGCAGUGUAUUUCUUUGCCUUGGUUCUGGUAGUAAGGUCCGGAGGGCUGCGGUGUAUUGCUUUGCCCUGGUUCUGGUAGUAAGGUCCGGAGGGCUGCAGUGUGUUGCUUUGCCUUGGUUCUGGUAGUAAGGUUCGGAGGGCUGCGGUGUGUUGCUUUGCCUUGGUUCUGGUAGUAAGGUCCGGAGGGCUGCGGUGUAUUGCUUUGCCUUGGUUCUGGUAAUAAGGUCCGGAGGGCUGCGGUGUAUUGCUUUGCCGUCAAAAUCGGCAGAAACAGUAGACAAUGCAGUAUACAGCAUUUACUAUGACAACUCACGGUCGCAGGCCGCAGCUAGCCUGAAUGCCACCAGUUUGAGACCCCUGGAGUACAUAACAUAAAUAUAUUGUGGCUGUAAUAAUGAAUAGUGUAAGCUUGAUAAGAAGGAGGUAAAUGGUGGUAGUCACUCAUCAAAUUUCAUAGGCCUAGCUAGCUAGCUAUCGCAAGACUUCACAUUAUGGCUCACAAGACUAGAACAGUGGUAAUGUUGCUGCUCCAUUCUAACCCUGCUUAUGCAUUUCAGAACCUGCUCACCAUCUGAAGACAACUGUCCCAAUUGAAGUGCUAUGGCCCCUGCUGCAGUGAGGAGUCCUAGCCUCAGGCCUUCAUAGUGGACAUUGCCCUAUCAACACACACAGGUGUAGGCCAGGGUCAAGCUCCCGGAGCAGGGAUGAUCACUUCUCACCAGAACGGAGGACCCGGAUAUGUAACAGAGGACCCAAUGGGGCCUGUUAAUGGCACGGAGGGUCCUGGGAGUGGAGCCAAGCUGCAGCAGAGAGAGAGGGCAGUGGACUGCCCCCCUGGCGACAGGGUGGUGAGGUCUGUUAGCAGCAUGGUGCAGGGUUCCCGCUGCAGCGCCCAGAAGGAGAGGAUGCAGCAGUACCAGGAAGAGCUGAGGAGGAAGAGGGAGGAGGACACCAACAAAGGGAAGCAUGAGAUCGAUCUCAACGCCUCGCUCAGGCUCAAGAAGCUGGCCCAGAACCCAGCCAAGACGGGUAUUGACAACCCCACGUUCGAAGCACCUGAGGCGGGCAAGGAGACCAAGGAUGGGAGCCCCCUGCCUGGUGGGGACACGGCUGCGGGUGAGUAGGGUCAUGAGUUAAUGAAGGGAGGGGGAGGCGGAGGGGUAAAGAGGGGGAGGUGUGUGGGGGAGGAAAGGGGUAAAGAGGGGGAGGGGAGGUGUGUGGGGGAGGAGAAGUGGUAAAGAGGGGGAGGGGAGGUGUGGGGGACGCAAAGGGGUAAAGAGGGGGAGGGGAGGUGUGGUGUGGGGGAGGAGAAGGGGUAAAGAGGGGGGAGGGGAGGUGUGGGGGACGCAAAGGGAUAAAGAGGGGGAGGGGAGGUGUGGGGGAGAGGUGAAGGGGUUAAAGGGGGGGGGUGGGAAAGAGGGGGAGGGGAGGUGUGGGGGACGCAAAGGGGAUAAAGAGGGGAGGGGAGUGUGGGGGAGAGGUGGAAGGGGGUAAAAGGGGGGGGUUAUAAAGAGGGGGAGGGGAGGUGUGGGGAGGCAAAGGGGUAAAGAGGGGGGGGGGGGUACAGAGGGGGAGGGGAGGUGUGUGGGGGAGGAGAAGUGGUAAAGAGGGGGAGGGGAGGGGAGGUGUGUGGGAGGCGAAGGGGUAAGAGGGGGGAGGGGGGAGGUGUGGUGUUGGGGGAGGAGAAGGGUAGUAAAGAGGGGGAGGGGAGGUGUGGGGGAGAGGUAAGGGGUUAAAGGGGGGGGUAAAGAGUGGGAGGAGGGGAGGUGUGUGGGAGGCGAAGGGGUAAAGAGGGGGAGGGGUAGGUCUGUGAGAAGAACAAUAGUGGAGUUGGGAACUUUCAUGACAAUUCUGUGAAACAAAGGAGUCAGAACAGUGUGUAGGGAAAGGGCUGAACCAGGGUCAUUGGUGGAGUGAGAAUGGGAGAUUUACAAGUGAAUGUCAACGGUUAGGCUCCCUCCAUUUAGUCACAUGGAAGUCACUCACUUCCACUCACCUCUGGUAAAGAGGAUGGAUCCAUUUGGAGCGAAACACUUCUGUUUGGAAGUCAAUUUUUCAGAGGUACUCUCAUUCUUUGCGUUGCACAUGUAGGCCUGAAAUCUAUCGGUUUCAUUGGAGGGUGGUUUGUAAAUCAUAUGAAGUGAACUUAAUAUAUUUUGUGAGGUGAAACAAAAUAGUUCCUCAGAGAAUUUGUUUUCGUGUCAGUUGGCUAGCCUUAGAGGAGUCAGUAGGUUGUGGUUGUUGCUGCGGACCGGUUUUAGUAGACACACACACACACACACACACACACACACACACACACACACACACACACACACACACACACACACACACCCUCCCUGCUUCUUCUUAUCUCAGGUCUACCCCCUUAUGAGAUCACUGUCUAGAUAACAUUAAUCAGGUAAGAUGUUGUAAUCAGUGGUUUAUAUGAAAUCCAUUUCUUAAUCCAUGUACCUGGUCCCUUAAACAGAACACCUGCUGGUUUAGAACAGUAGAGAGGGCCAUGUAAGGAAAGGCUUUAGCCUCCCUUUUCCCUGGUGCUGUGUCUCUGUGCUCCUCAGAGUUGCUGCAUGUAGGUGGGACCUUCAGGCCAAACUUGAUGCAGAUGCCAGGGAGGUUGCCGUGUGAGGAGUUAGAUUAGCUCUUCUGUUGAUUAGAAACUAGGAGGAGAAAAUGGUGGUUCUGGUAGUAAUGCAUACAGUAGGUGGUUCUGGUAGUAAUGCAUAUAGUAGAUGGUUCUGGUAGUAAUGUAUACAGUAGGUGGUUCUGGUAGUAAUGUAUACAGUAGGUGGUUCUGGUAGUAAUGUAUAUAGUAGAUGGUUCUGGUAGUAAUGUAUACAGUAGGUGGUUCUGGUAGUAAUGUAUAUAGUAGAUGGUUCUGGUAGUAAUGUAUAUAGUAGAUGGUUCUGGUAGUAAUGUAUAUAGUAGGUGGUUCUGGUAGUAAGGUAUAUAGUAGAUGGUUCUGGUAGUAAUGUAUAUAGUAGAAGGUUCUGGUAGUAAUGUAUAUAGUAGAUGGUUCUGGUAGUAAUGUAUAUAGUAGAUGGUUCUGGUAGUAAGGUAUACAGUAGGUGGUUCUGGUAGUAAUGUAUAUAGUAGAUGGUUCUGGUAGUAAUGUAUAUAGUAGAUGGUUCUGGUAGUAAUGUAUACAGUAGGUGGUUCUGGUAGUAAUGUAUAUAGUAGAUGGUUCUGGUAGUAAUGUAUAUAGUAGGUGGUUCUGGUAGUAUCACAACCGGCCGUGAUUGGGAGUCCCAUAGGGCGGCGCACAAUUGGCCCAGAGUCGUCCGGGUUUGGCCGUCAUUGUAAAUAAGAAUUUGUUCUAAACUGACUUGCCUAGUUAAAUAAAAUAAAAAUAUAGUAGGUGGUUCUGGUAGUAAUGUAUAUAGUAGAUGGUUCUGGUAGUAAUGUAUACAGUAGGCGGUUGCUGUAUGUAGGUGGUACCUUCAGGCCAAACUUGAUUCCAAAUCCUGUCUGGGGUGCAGAAUCCCACUGGUGCGCAACCCAAACAGGUUUUGGCACCCGAAUUGACUUUGGCGUGACAAUAUCCCGUUAGUAACAUGGUUUUAAAAUUCCCACGCUGUCUCCAUGCGAGCAAGUGCUUGCUAGCGCCAGAGAGAUUUGAAACCGACAGACAUGCGAUUUACUUUCUGAAAAUGCCUUGUGGACAAAUGUACGACUUUGGUCUGAAUGUUAAGGGUCACGGGCGUUACAGGAAGUUGUGACUCUUGCUUAUAAACCUCUCUCUGGCACUAGUAAACAACACCUCGCACAGAGAUGAAUGAUACUGGAAAUGAGGCAAUUGAGCCUAACCAACCUGUUUUAUCAUUGUUUUACAUAGUUUAUCGACUUCUUUGUAUUGUGCCUUUACCACAUAUUGUAUUAUAUUGUUGUGAUUUUAAUGUGGACUUCUUUGAUAUUUUACUGCACUGUUGAGAUGUAGUUCGCAAGUAAGCAUUUCAUUACACCGUUUACACCCCGCUGUAUCCCGUGUACACCCCGCUGUAUCCCGUUUACACCCCGCUGUAUCCCGUGUACACCCCGCUGUAUCCCGUGUAUAUGACGAAUACAUUUAGAUUUGGUCUCUCCUUCCCUCUCCCCUCCCCAGAGCUGGAAGAGCUGCUGGAGGCCCUACGGCGGGUGCAGAGCUGCCUGGUGGACAGCCAAUCGCAGGCCGACGUGGCCCUGUUGCUGGGCCUGCUGCGCAAGGAGGACUUCCAGAGCGCUUUGGCCAUCCACAGCGCCGUGGCCCAGCAGAUGCAGCCGCGCGGCAGCCCGCCCUUGCCCGUCACUGCCCAGGCCCAGGGCCUCUGCCUGGAGGUAGAGUGAAAUACCCCAGUACGCUAGUGAUCUUGAUUGAUCUAGAAAUUUGAAUGGAUCUUCUUUCACCAAUGUAUCAGUCAGAAGGUAGGGUGUCAGGAGGGAGGUGGAGCAGUGUUUGGAGAAGGGAGAAGAGGAUUUUGGGGGAUGAGAGCAGAAUAUGUGAAGUUGGGUGAAGGAGAUAUUUUGGGCAAGGAAGAACAGUACAACUGGGUAGGGAAGAGGAGAGGAGAGAGAGAUGGGAAGAAGGAUAAAAGGAUGAGAGGAUGGAGAGAGAGAAACUACAAAGAUAUACAACUGGUCUCUGAGCAGUGCUUGACUUGGGCAGAAGCUCACCAGAGCUGACUACCGGCACGUCAAAUGUUCUACUGCUUGAGCUCCUGUUCCUCUUAUAGAAUAUUAUCUCAAAAGUAUUAUGGAGCUCCUGCACCUUAAUGUAAACAAAAUGAGUACCGGCACCUAUUUCAGUCCAAGUCAAGCACGGUCUCUGAGUAAGUAGAAAAAAAUACUUCAUUGCCAAAAUGUCGCACUAUCCCUUUAAACACCUCACAGCAUAUCCCUGCUGGGGUUAAUGCUACUCACUGUACCAAGAGUGACAGAGUAACACAAACUCAUCACCGUGUGCAUGUCCACAUCUGUCUGAACCACUCUCUACCUAACUCCUUCAGUGACAAAAUACAAGAAAAUACCGUAGGUCUUCUGCCACAGCACAACCAGCUGUGAUUGAUAUUUCAUAUAUAUAUACAUCAUUCAUUGGUCUGGACAGCCACAUAGUCUGUCCUGUAGAUCUAGCUGACGUCUCACCACAUACAGGUCAUCAGGUCUUUAGGAUUCCAUAUGACAUGAUGGAAUUUAUUACACUGCUUGUCAAUGUAGCACAAACAAUGUGACUUCUAUCAGCCUGUGGUUCAAAUAGUAUUAGCUUUUCUUCCAAAUUAUUUAGCUGCACUUGAUUGAGCUUGCCUGGCACAUUGGAACCAAAGUGCAAACCUCGUCCAUUUGGCACUUUGCGGCAGGCUCAAUAAAAUAAUCAGGCAUUUUAAUGAAAACAAAUACUAUUUGGACCCAGGUCGGAUUUCUAUAGGAAAGCUGUCUGUAAAACAGUCAAAAUAUGAUAACUGACAAAGAGACUGCUUUAAAAGGGUUCAUUUGGAGGGCACUGAGUGUAGCACAUCAGUACCAUUGCUCUUGUGAUCUGAAGAUGACAUUAAGGAAGAGGUUGUAGGCUACGAUGGAGGGCCUCGGUCAGUGGGAUGAUGAUCUCUCUCUCUCUCACACACACACACCAUCUCUGUGCAUAGAGUAAAUACAUGCAGACACUCACCCAGAGCAGCUGGCACAGCGCCAGGAGGUACUUAGCAAGGUGGUAAUAGUUUGAGCCAGUGGACGGUGUGUCUAAACUAAGUAGCUGGUGGCAUGGGCCUUCCUGAUUGGCGCCCGGGGCCAGGUCAUCUCCCAGCAGCCCCUGGGUCUGGAAGGAAGUGGCCAGGGAUCUGAUCUGCCACAUCCAGAAAAAGAGGGAGGGAGGGAGGGAGAGGGAAUUGUGGAUCUGUCUGGAUUGUGAUAGUUCUGAGGACCAUGAAGUUGUUAAAAGACAUACUGUAGAAACACUAACAUCAUGACAGUAUAACCAACUCCUCAUGAUUCUAUUUUGACCUCGCAUGUUUGGAGAUGAAUUCAGGGUCUUUAUUUUCCAAAGCAACAGCCAGAGAGAAGAAUAAGGGUGUGUCCCACAUGGCACCCUAUUCCCUAUAUACACUCCUAUAUACACUCCUAUAUACACUCCUAUAUACACUCCUUUAUACACUCCUUUAUACACUCCUAUAUACACUCCUAUAUACACUCCUUUAUACACUCCUUUAUACACUCCUAUAUACACUCCUAUAUACACUCCUAUAUACACUCCUAUAUACACUCCUUUAUGCACUCCUAUAUGCACUCCUAUAUACACUCCUUUAUACACUCCUAUAUACACUCCUAUAUACACUCCUAUAUACACUCCUUUAUACCUCCUAUAUACACUCCUAUAUACACUCCUAUAUACACUCCUUUAUACCUCCUUUAUACACUCCUAUAUACACUCCUAUAUACACUCCUAUAUACACUCCUAUAUACACUCCUUUAUACACUCCUAUAUACACUCCUAUAUACACUCCUUUAUACACUCCUAUAUACACUCCUAUAUACACUCCUAUAUACACUCCUUUAUACACUCCUAUAUACACUCCUUUAUACACUCCUAUAUACACUCCUAUAUACACUCCUAUAUACACUCCUUUUGACCAGAGGGUGACAUUCAGGGCGGAGACUAAGUCCCGUUACAGUAGAGGAACUUCCCUGUCUGGAAUGGGAAACCCCACUGUGACUUAUUAGAGAGCAGCCAACUAAGGUCAGGUGUGUGUGUGUGUGUGUGUGUGUGUGUGUGUUGUGUGUGUGUGUGUGUGUGUGUGUGUGUGUGUGUGUGUGUGUGUGUGUGUGUGUGUGUGUGUGUGUGUGUGUGUGUGUGUGUGUGUGUGUGUGUGGAGAUGUGUUUGUGAAGGAAUCCAGUUGAUUAUCUUAACAGCAGAAUGGUAGUUUAACAUGACCUUCAUGUAAGAACAAAAUAUUUGCAGAUUAAACAACCUUGAUUAUAAGGCAAAAUAUAUUUACUGUUAUGGCGUUCAUAUUUUGACAAACUACCUCUGAUAGCACAUGGGAGCUCAGUCAUAAAGCUUACACUGUCUGCACAAUGACUUUCAAGUUUUAUUAGUCGUAUGUACGGGAUAUGCAUGGUAUACAUCAUCCAACGAAAUGCUUACUUGUACGUUCCUUCUCGACAAUGCAACAACAAUAAGAAAUAGUAAAAAAUAAGAAUAGGAACAUAAAGUAAAGAAAAUGUCUCAGUAGAAUAGAAUAAUACAUUUUAGCAUCAGUAUAAUACAGGAUGGCACACUUUAUAGUCCAAUAUUUACACGUGUUUUGGGGAAGACAGUGACAAGCAUAGCAGAUGUACCAUUAGUGGUUUUAACAAUGAUGUACUGAGAAGUCGCUUCUGAGAAAUGACUAAAGCCUUGGCUGGCUUGUUGGCAACGUGUCGACUCAUGACUGAUGGUCAGGAAGUUGUAUAAUUGAACUGUCAUGUUGAAUCACACAUAGAGCCUCAAUAAGGAGUAUUCAAGAUUGCUGUGUGUCUACUAGUUCCUGGCUGGUGAUGUUAUUAACUCAUUAACACUUUGAGCUGCAUCGCUAUUCCAGAUGACCAAUGAUGCUGAUUUAGUGCUACUUAUACAGUUACCUUAAUCUGACCCCUUCUCUCUCUCUCUCUCUCCCACCAUCUCUUCACCUCUCUUGGACUCUCUCCCCCUCUCUUCCUCUCAUUCCCUCCCUCCCCUCUCUCUCCCUCUCUCUGUCCAGGUGCAAUACAUCCUCCAGUCCAGUCAACAUAAAGAGGGUAUAGAGCUCAGCAACCUCCUCACCUCUCCCCACCUCCAGGUAAGAGACCAGGGACGCACCAGAACUCAACCCUUAACCUUGUCAGUGUUCCUGAGCUGGCCACCUGAGAGGUACUCUGGAUCAUAUCCCGAUAUGGUAUUUGUCAGUGUUACUCAGAUAUAUGUGAAUAUGCUCCAUAUACUGUACCAUAGGCUCCAUAUACUGUACCAUAGGCUCCAUAUACCAUAGGCUCCAUAUACUGUACCAUAGGCUCCAUAUACCAUAGGCUCCAUAUACUGUACCAUAGGCUCCAUAUACCAUAGGUUCCAUAUACUAUACCAUAGGUUCCAUAUACUAUACCAUAGGUUCCAUAUACCAUAGCUUCCAUAUAACAUAGCCUCCAUAUUCCAUAGGCUCCAUAUACUGUACCAUAGGCUCCAUAUACCAUAGGUUCCAUAUACUAUACCAUAGGUUCCAUAUACUAUACCAUAGGUUCCAUAUACCAUAGGUUCCAUAUAACAUAGCCUCCAUAUUCCAUAGGCUCCAUAUACUGUACCAUAGGCUCAAUAUACCAUAGGAUCCAUAUACUGUACCAUAGGCUCCAUAUACCAUAGGCUCCAUGUACCAUAGGCUCCAUAUACCAUAGGCUCCAUAUUCCAUAGGCUCCAUAUACCAUAGGCUCCAUAUACUGUACCAUAGGCUCCAUAUACCAAAGGCUCCAUAUACUAUACCAUAGGCUCCAUAUACCAUAGGCUCCAUAUACUAUACCAUAGGCUCCAUAUACCAUAUGCUCCAUAUACCAUAGGUUCCAUAUACCAUAGGCUCCAUAUACCAUAGGCUCCAUAUACCAUAGGUUCCAUAUACCAUAUGCUCCAUAUACCAUAGGUUCCAUAUACCAUAGGCUCCAUAUACCAUAGGUUCCAUAUACCAUAGGUUCCAUAUACCAUAGGCUCCAUAUACCAUAGGUUCCAUAUACCAUAGGUUCCAUAUACCAUAGGCUCAAUAUACCAUAGGUUCCAUAUACCAUAGGCUCCAUAUACCAUAGGCUCCAUAUACCAUAGGUUCCAUAUACCAUAGGUUCCAUAUACGUUCAUGUGAAACCCUGAGCCUUCGUCAUGUGUCUGACUGUAUCCAAUCCUGACAUCAGCCUCCUCCAGAGGAGCUAAGGGAAGUCACUGAUCAGUGGGUUUUAUAUGGCUCGGCUCUUUAAGUGGCUUGAACUUAGCUCUGUGGCUGAACUAAAGGGCAUGGGAAACAGCCCUAACUCUAUGGGUCGCCCUGUCAUAGUCUUUAAUAACCUCUUGUAUAGGUGAUAUAACAGGGCAUCAUGGGUUUUGUAGUUUGGAUGGUUAACAUGAUGACAGUGUAUCCACCUCGCACACAGAAAUCCCUUUGUUUGGGCUUCCAGCCGAGCAUGUCAUUGAUUUGUGGAGUAGCCUAAGAGUUGCCUUUUGAAACUUGACUCUGCCUUGCUGGUCAGUGUCCAGCCCAACACGCAUACAGACCGGUCACUCAGUAUGGAUGGCUUACCGCUGACUUUUACAAGAAUGACCCCAGGGCCGUGUGCCAUCCUAGUGUUGACACCGCUGACAUAAAGCCACCCACACUGCACUGUCAUGCCAUUGAGGAAAGAGAUUAGACAUGUCAUAGGCGGUGAGGAGGAGGGAUGGGGAGAUGCAUGUCAUGGAUGAGGAAAGAAAUAACAUGCUACAGCUGGGCAGCUGAGAGGCUCAACUCCUACUGUGUAUCACAGGUGGCUGGUGGCACCUUAAUUGGGGAGGACGGGCUCAUAGUAAUGGCUGGAACGGAAUUAAUGAAAUGGUAUCAAACACAUUGUUUCCAUGUCCACUCACUUCAUUCCAGACAUUAUUAUGAGCCAUCCUCCCCUCACCAGCCUCCUGUGCUGUAUACCCUAGAAGGUGCAAUCAGUAGCAUAUAGAGAGAGGAUCUUGUGUGCUAGUCUCUCUAGAUAGACGGGUUGCCUCCCACAAUGUACCAAUGAGCUGUUGCCCUAGGUCUGGGAAUUCCGAGACUAGUUGCGUCUCGACACGUGAUGGUGUGAACUGCCAACCCCACUGUUGCCCCAUUAACUCCACUAGGCAUCAUGUCCAGUAAAACACAGGCAUUUGCCACACCGGCAACCAACCGGGAGUAGAUUAUCCAUCCCUCCGGUUACGCUGCGGAAUGUGACCCUUCCCCCUCUCUGACCCCGGUUAACGACCCUCACCCUCGCUACCCACACACACACACACACACACACACACACACACACACACACACACACACACAGAGAUCCACAAACCCCCAUACAAAAUGGUAGUGAAUAGGUAACCCGCUAGAAACACAAAACUGCCUCCCUCCCUAUUCCCCUUCCUCCUCUCCCUCCCUCCCUCCCUCUCCCCCAUUCCCCUUCCUCCUCUCCCUCCCUAUUCCCCUUCCUCCUCUCCCUCCCUCCCUCUCCCCCAUCUCCCUUCCUCCUCUCCCAUCCCUCCCCUCUCCCCCCAUUCCCCUUCCUCCUCUCCCUCCCCAUUUUCCUUCCUCCUCUCCCCUCCUUCCCUCCUCCCCCAUCUCCGCUUCCUCCUCCUCCUCCUCCCUCCCUCCUCCCUCCCCCCAUUCCCCUUCCCCCUCUCCCUCCUCCAUCUCACCCAUUCCCCUUCCUCCUCUCCCUCCCUCCCUCUCCCCCAUUCCCCUUCCUCCUCUCCCCCCUCCCUCUCUCCCCAUUUCCCUUCCUCUCCUACCCUUUCCCUUCCUCCUCUCCCUCCCUCCCUCUCCCAUUCCCCUUCCUCCUCUCCCUCCCUCCCUCCUCCCUUCCCCUUCCUCCCUCCCUCCCUCCCUCUCCCCCAUUCCCCUUCCUCCUCUCCCUCCCCUCUCCCCCAUUUCCCUUCCUCCUCUCCCUCCCUCUCCCCCAUUCCCCCUUCCUCCUCUCCCUCCUCCUCUCCCCCAUUUCCCUAUCCUCCCUCUCCUCUCCCUCUCUCCCCAUUCCCCUUCCUCCUCUCCCUCCCUAUUCCCCUUCCUCCUCUCCCUCCCUCCGCUCUCCCACCAUUCCCCUUCCUCCUCUCCCUCCCUCUCCCCCAUUCCCCUUCCUCCUCUCCCUCCCUCUCCCCCAUUCCCCUUCCUCCUCUCCCCCAUUCCCCGUCCUCCCUCUCACCCAUUCCUCUCCCUCCCUCUCUCCCAUUUCCCGUCCUCCUCUCCCUGCCGGCUUCCUUCCUUCCUUCCUUCCUCCUUCUCGAGAUUGAGGUAUUUUGAUGAUUGAUGUAGGCGAAUCCUGCCUCCUAAAUGCAGGGCAGAUUAAGAGGGAUUGUGUGUACGCUGGAAGCUUAGCCAGCCCUCCUCUCUGCCUUCUCAGGUCUCUCUUCUGCAGGAUAAAGACACUAAUUUGGCUCGACGGUUAUUAACUGCGGCAUACGGAGCGCCCGUCACCUUAAAUGAAGUGAGGGGGAAAUCUUUUUCUUGUUGGCUUAGAGGUGGAGUCUGCUGUCGGCUGGUGUGGAGGGAGUGAGGGAGGGAGAGACAGGGUGGGCUUUGGGUAAAAGGUACAUGUUUAAGCAUGAGGGAUGGGAGCCGAGUUUGUUUCCCCCUUGGCAUUUUACAAUAACUAGUGAAUAUGAAAGUGUGUGUGUGUGUGUGUGUGCACUGUGUAUCAUGUAGUGAGAGAAGAUCAAAAGCUCCAAUUCACCCAAGUCACUACUACAACAAUCAAAUUCAAAUAAAAUGGAAUAAACACACAGUCCCCAGUUUCCACGGCACACACACUCCUUGUCCCCCAUGUACCUGUGUGUGUGCUGUCUCUCGCAGGCUCUGAUACAGGCCCACGACAGGGUGGCGGAGCAGGAGUUGGAGCCAGAGCCAGAAGAGAGUGUGAUUCAGUACAUGGGAGAGACAGUCAAACUGGUGCGGCUGGAGAAGGCCGGCGACAUGCCUCUGGUAAACCACCCCCCAUCUCAUACACACACACAUCUUAUCUGAUUAAAACGAUCAAGAAUAUCUGUGCAAAUGUACCAAUAAAGCAAGUAAUGUAUUGUAUUGUAUUGUAUUGUAUUGUAUUGUACUGUAUUGUAUUGUACUGUAUUGUAAUGUAUUGUAUUGUACUGUAUUGUAAUGUAAUGUAAAUUCCCUGAUGUAGACUUGUCUUUCUAGUUGGUGUGUCUUUGUGUCAAGUACAUCUAGGUGGUUUGUGCUGAUAAGUCUAUCUGACAGGUAGUGUAUUUGCCUGUGUGUGCUGUCCCCAGGGAGCCACAGUUCGUAACGAGAUGGACAGCGUGGUGGUGAGUCGCGUGGUGAGAGGAGGGACAGCCGAGCGGAGCGGACUACUGGCCGAGGGAGACGAGAUCCUGCAGAUUAACGGCGUGCCCGUCCGUGGGAAAAACAUCAAUGAGGUCCAUGACCUUCUGGUGAGGAAUUGGUUAACUGAGAAUCGCUCACACUGUGCCCAUUGACUGGUGUCAGUAUGUCGCAUUGAUGCCAUCAAAUCUAAUGAAUAUAACAUUUUCUGUAGCCUCGGCUCGCCCCCAUCUUUCCUCAAUCUUGAAACCACAAAACAUAGUACAGUACGUGAGACUACACUGUGUAAUACUUAGUGAAUUUGAGUGAAGCUGAUUCCAUGUCAUUGUUCUCUCUCCUCAGACAGAGAUGCAUGGCACUCUGACCUUCCUUCUCAUCCCCAGCUUUCAGAACAAAACCCCACACAGAGAGAUGGUGGUAAGGCUCCUAGGUGUGUGUGUGGUGGUGUGUGUGUGGUGUGUGUGUUGUGGUGUGUGGUGUGUGUGUGUGUGUGUGUGUGUGUGUGGUGUGGUGUGUUGUGGUGUGGUGUGUGAUGUGUGUGGUGUGUGUGGUGUGGUGUGUGUGGUGUGUGUGUGGUGUGUUGGUGGUGUGUGUGUGGUGUGUGUGUGGUGUGUGUGUGGUGUGUGGGUGUGUGUGUGUGGUGUGUGUGUGUGUGUGUGGUGGUGUGUGUGUGGUGUGUGUGUGGUGUGUGUGUGUGCUUGGUGGUGUGUGUGUGUGUGGUGUGUGUGGUGUGUGUGUGUGCGUGCACAACAUGUGUGUUCAAUUAUUAAAUCAUAAGCAGUUACUAAACUCUUCUGAGAGAUGAUGAUGAUGGUGAUGAUGAUGUCACCCAUGUGUUCAGAUGCACGUGAGGGCCUACUUUAACUACGACCCGUCCGAUGACCCAUACAUGCCGUGCAGGGAGCUGGGCCUGUCCUUCCAGAAGGGAGACAUCCUCCACAUUAUCAGCCAGGACGACCCCAACUGGUGGCAGGCCUACAGGGAUGGAGAUGAGGACAACCAGCCCCUAGCCGGGCUAGUACCAGGUACACGACCCUAACUCCAACCCUAACCAGCCCCUAGCCGGGCUAGUACCAGGUACACGACCCUAACUCCAACCCUAACCAGCCCCUAGCCGGUCUAGUACCAGCUACACAACCCUAACCCCAACCCUAACCCCAACCCUAACCCCAACCCAAACCCUAACCCCAACCCUAACCAGCCCCUAGCCGGGCUAGUACCAGGUACACAACCCUGACCCUAACCCCAACCCUAACCCUAACCAGAACUACCCCAUCAUUUUUUUCCCCAAGUCAAUAUUUCUGUUUCCCUUCCCGCUCUUGCAGGGAAGAGCUUCCAGCAGCAGAGAGAAGCUAUGAAGAAACCCAUUGUGGACAGGAAUCCUGACAGCCCAGGUCAGGGGAUUACUGUAUAUACUGCCUGCUCAGUUACACACUACGGGCACUAUCACAAGCUGCCUGCUCAGUUACACACUACGGGCACUAUCACAAGGGUCUAACCACAAACAUACACACAAUCAUUAUGAUCUGAUAGGCUCUAAAUCAUUAUGAUCUGAUAGGCUCUAAAUCAUUAUGAUCUGAUAGGCUCUAAAUCAUUAUGAUCUGAUAGGCUCCACAUUUUUAAAAACAUUUUAGUCAUUUAGCAGACGCUCUUAUCCAGAGCGACUUACAGUUAGUGACUGCAUACAUUAUUUUUCAUACCCCCCGUGGGAAUCGAACCCACAACCCUGGCGUUGCAAAUGCCAUGCUCUACCAACUGAGCUACAUCCCCGCCGGCCAUUCCCUCCCCUACCCUGGACGACGCUGGGCCAAUUGUGUCAUUAUGAUCUGAUAGGCUCUAAAUCAUUAUGAUCUGAUAGGCUCUAAAUCAUUAUGAUCUGAUAGGCUCUAAAUCAGCCAUUGAUAAUGGUCCACUUCUCAUUUUCUCCAGGGAAGCUCUGGAAGAAGAACAAGAAGCAGAGGAAGAAGACCAUGUGCAACCCCAACAGCAACGUUGGUAAGGCUAGUUCUUCCUCCCACAUCGUUUUGGUCCAAUCCCAAACUAACUACUAGACCCCUAUGCACUUGUGGAGAUUUGAUUGGUGUGAGCAAUAUGGUGAACAUUCCCCUAUCAGAGGGCAAGGUGGAGCUAUUACCAUAUUGCUCACACCGUCAAGUCCUCUCAGAUAUGCAUAACAUAGGGGGGAAUAGGUCAUAGACACAUUCAGAUAGAAAUGGAUUGGGUAGAACAUAUAUGCCUCUCUGACAUGUACCCAGAAAUCAUGCCUGCUCUAUAUACAUGUAUAUCUGCGAUGUUCACCCUCAGCUGAAUGUUGUGGAAUAUUCUGAUAGGUACAGUAUAUCUGUUCUACAUAACAUAUUUCUAUAUAGAGUAACAUUUCUGCAACACCUCCAGUAAACCCCCACCUCUCUACUUACCUCUGUCCCGCCCAGACUACUCCGGCGAUGACAUCCUGACCUAUGAGGAGAUGGCGCUCUACCACCAGCCGGCCAAUCGCAAGCGACCUAUCGCCCUGAUUGGUUCGCCCAACAGCGGGCAGGACGAGCUGCGGCGGAGGCUGCUAUCAAUCCAACCGGACAGGUUCUCCGGUGCCGUGCCACGUAAGUAGACCAAUCAGAGCAGGGGAUUGGGGGUUAGAGGGCGGGGCAAGACUUGAGAUGGGAACAAGAUCCACUUGUUCUUGUGUGAUGUUCAGUUCAUGGCCUGUUAGGUUUUCUAUAUCUUUUAAGUGUUGUGAUUAUUAAACAGACUUUAAAUAAAGUUUGAUUGAGUUUGAUAGCUUGAAGCAUUGACAAAUUACUACAGCAAUUGAAUCGGGUAGGGUAAACGUUACCAAUACAUACAGCUUAGUUUAUACCAAAUUCUCAUGUCUUUUUUCGUGUUAAACUGUUUAUUAUAAUAGACCAGACAAAAACAUAAUUAUACAUUUAAUAUAUCAAAUUCUUAUUUCACAAUUGUUAUCACUCAGAUACAACGAGAAGCCCACGGAUACAUGAGAAGAACGGGAGGGAGUACCACUUUGUGAACCGGCUGGCGUUUGAGACGGACGACGCAGCAGGGAAGUUCAUAGAGUCUGGGGAGUACGACCGGAACCUGUACGGCACCAGCAGUGACUCGGUUCAACAGGUCAUCAACUCAGGCAGGAUCUGUCUGCUGUGCCUGCACACUAAGGUAGGAAAAUAAGUCUUCAUAAGCCCUACAUAGCACUUCAUAAGCACUACAUAGAUGCUUCAAUAAUCAUGUGUAAGUAAGUAAUUCUACAUAAAGGGUGAUAGGUCCUUACAUCUGGUCCUUAGCCCUUGGGCCACACUUUAUAUAGCAUGCCAUUUUAAACAUCUAUACAGGCCUUAUAAAGGCUUCAUAAGCCGUAAAAGUUGUGUUUGGUUUAAAGUGGGACUGUUAGCCGUUAGUUAAGAAUAAGUUGUGGAGGUUUUGAAAGCAUACUAACCAUGCUGCUACUCCUCUAUUCUCUCCAUUCCUUUUUUCUAACUUUCUCCUCUCCUGCUGCUGUUUCCUUUCGUUCUCUCUGUCAGUCACUGCGGGUGCUGCGGUCCUCCAACCUCAAGCCCUAUGUGAUCUUCAUCGCUCCUCCCUCUCAGGAACGAUUGCGCUCCCUGCUGGCCAAGGAUGGCAAAAACCCAAAGGUUACUUCCUGUUCUGCUUAUCUCACACAAAAAAAAAGCCCUUUAUCAGCAUCAGCAAGUACCCUAGAUACAUUAAUAUCCACAGUGAAUGUAUCACAUGAAUCACACAUCAUAUUGAUCAUAUAUACCUGCGAGAAGCUAUAAUUAUUAUUUCUCCUCUGCUAGGACAGUAAUAGUUCUGCCUUGUGCUGAUAUCUCUAACCCUGCAUUUCCCAAACUCGGUCCUGGGGACCCCAAGGGGUGCACGUUUUGGUUUUUGCCCUAGCACUACACAGCUGAUUCAAAUAAUAAAAGCUGUGUAGUGCUAGGUCAAAAACCAAAAUGUGCACCCCUUGGGGUCCCCAGGACUGAGUUUGGGAAACGCUGCUCUAACCCCUGUCCUUCCAUCCUGUUUCCUUACAUCUAGCCAGGAUAUCUCUAACCCCUGUCCUUCCAUCCUGUUUCCUUACAUCUAGCCAGGAUAUCUCUAACCCCUGUCCUUCAUCCUGUUUCCAUACAUCUAGCCAGGAUAUCUCUAACCCCUGUCCUUCCAUCCUGUUUCCAUACAUCUAGCCAGGAUAUCUCUAACCCCUGUCCCUCCACCUGUUUCCCUACAUCUAGCCAGGAUAUCUCUAACCCCUGUCCUUCCAUCAUGUUUCCCUACAUCUAGCCAGGAUAUCUCUAACCCCUGUCCUUCCAUCCUGUUUCCUUACAUCUAGCCAGGAUAUAUCUAACCCCUGUUCUUCCAUCAUGUUUCCCUACAUCUAGCCAGGAUAUCUCUAACCCCUGUCCUUCCAUCAUGUUUCCCUACAUCUAGCCAAGAUAUAUCUAACCACUGUCCUUCCAUCCUGUUUCCUUACAUCUAGCCAGGAUAUCUCUAACCCCUGUCCUUCCAUCAUGUUUCCCUACAUCUAGCCAGGAUAUAUCUAACCCCCUGUCCUUCCCUCCUGUUUCCAUACAUCUAGCCAGGAUAUCUCUAACCCCUGUCCUUCCCUCCUGUUUCCAUACAUCUAGCCAGGAUAUCUCUAACCCCUGUCCUUCAAUCCUGUUUCCCUACAUCUAGCCAGGAUAUCUCUAACCCCUGUCCUUCCAUCCUGUUUCCAUACAUCUAGCCAGGAUAUCUCUAACCCCUGUCCUUCCAUCCUGUUUCCAUACAUCUAGCCAGGAUAUCUCUAACCCCUGUCCUUCCAUCCUGUUUCCAUACAUCUAGCCAGGAUAUCUCUAACCCCUGUCCUUCCAUCCUGUUUCCCUACAUCUAGCCAGAGGAGCUGAAGGAGCUGAUGGAGAAGGCCUGGGAGAUGGAGCAGGCCUACGGUCACCUGUUUGACACGGCCAUCGUUAACAGCGAGCCAGACACAGCCUUCCACGAGCUGCUGCGGCUCAUUGACAAGCUGGACACAGAGCCCCAGUGGGUGCCAUCCUCCUGGUUGUGCUAGGGGUCAGGGGUGAUGGUUCACCCUAGAGGUCAACCCCAGGGAGCCUCAUGAAGGAGAGUGUGGCCUGGGUCGUGUUCAUUAGGCACCAAAAGGAAGAAAACAGAUUGAAACAGGAAGGGACUACCUGGACUCGUCCAAUAAGAACCACUUGUUUUCGUUUUCAGAAAAUAAGUGAACGUUUCACUACGGUGUACCCUAAUGAACAUGACCCACAGCUCGGGAGGAACGACACUAAAAGGAAGAAUGGACAAUGAUCGCUGAGGCCACCGUUAGACCAUCGUGGAGCCUUGCUGACACAAAAUAGAGGGCCCGUGCCUUCUCUGACCGAAAGGGUGACUUGUCCUUUAACGAGCCUUCUUAUGGAAGGUGGACUUUACUACAUUUGCAGGGAUGGAUACUUUCUUAUAUAUGUUUGUUCUGUCUGUGUUUAUCUUUGUGAAUGUUAUUUUGGGUUUUUGUCAAUGUUGUCAACAUUUCCAGAUUCCAGUAGCCUAUGCAAAGACAUUUAUCCAAAACUGUAGAAAACAUAUUUUCAUUUCAUUCCAAUCUCAAUAGUUAUUUAUGAUUGUAAAAUGUGUAUUUUUAGAAGAGAUGGUAAACAAAUGUGGUUUACCAUUACCUCAGACCCCAAUGUAAUGUAUGGUGUGUUUGUGUGUGGUAUAGAAGACAAUGCAAUGCACAGGAACACUAUCUCUCAAUGGAGGACCAAAUUGCUACUGGGGAACUAUGUAACUUUCUCCUAGAAGUGAGAACCAAAGAGGAAGCCGUUGUAUUCUAAAUAUGGUAAGGUACUUGCUGUGUAUCAACGAUUAGUAUUAUGUUGUGAUAUCUUGAGCUGCUGCGCUUGUACCUCACAGACCUCAAGAAUCAUUAAUCAUCAGUAAAGAUCACCUUCAUAUAUAUUGUAGAGUCCGUGUAUCUUGGGGCUUGAUUAAAUCAUUAUCGCCGAAGAUCAGCGCUUUGACGUGCUUGAAGUUGAAAGGUCAUUUCCAAAUGAGCCGACAUAUGCAGCGUUUACUGUGAGUGCAGUCUCCGCAAACAUGGGAACGUUGCCUUUCUAUUUCAAUCGCACUAUAGCGCUGAACUUCGGUGUUACAGAUUGAAUCACGCGCCUAGUUGUUUGUCUGACCACAGACACUAACAGUGUGAACAAUUAGGCGCUUUAGCCUACAUCAACAUAUCAAUUCAUCUGACAAACCUGUUGAGCACUGUUUCAUAAUGGUGGACAUUAAAGUUACAGGAAUCCUAGUUUAGCAAGUAAAUGUAUGCUUUUGGAAUAUACUUCAUAAAUAUUCAUUGUGUAUGAGUGUAUGCCGAGUUAUCAAAACAUUUAAGUAGGAAAAAGAAUGAGUGCAUAUAAAUUAACAUUAAUUUAACAGUUCCUUGACAACCUAAUACAGCGUGUUACAUUUAGUGCUUCAAUGCAAAAUGGCUGCCAUUUCACACACAGGUGUGCCCUAGAUAAAUGUAGGAGGUAGUCUCAGGCAGCCAUUACUUAGUUCGUUUCCAGCACAGCUUUGUCAACAUACAUCAGCUGAUCUUUUUUAGACUAAUAGGUCUUUUGAACAAUCAAAUCAGCUCUGAAAAAGACCUGAUGUGAUUGGUCAAAAGUCUAAUUAGUGGGAAUAAGAUCAGAAUUGGGCUGCCUGUGUAAACGCAGCCCGAUGCACAAAUUAUGGCUAAAACAUAUAAAACUAAUCUGAGAGAGUAAUAGAACCACAAAACGACACUUGAGGAAUAUUUAGUUCUUUAUUUGGAUGAAGUGUUGACACAGGUGGGGUUGUACAGCAGCUGGUUACAGGGGGUCAGGUACCUACAUGUUAGCCAUCCUCGGUCAAUGCCAUAGAAAUAGAAUGUAGUUCUAUGUUCAAUACACGCCCACUGACAUGGAAGGGACUAGCCUCCACAACACUCACACUUCGGAGGAAAAGGACCACCCUGUUAUAAAUGUACAGAAUGACGGCAUGCAUUGACUUGAGUGUUCUGGUGAAACCGUAAACUUUACAUAGCCAUCUAUGUCCUCACCCAAUCAGAUGGAAUGUUCAAUACAGUUCACAUAAGUAAACCAUGACACUUUACUAAUAUAUAUAUAUAUUUGCUUCUUUAAGUAUUCAAAAGAUAACUGUCCGAUUCAACAAUGUCAACACACUAGUGAACUGAUGUGAUUGCGGUUAGCAGCAAAGUUCUGACUUUAAAAGUUUAAACCACUCAGUUCUAUACAGGGAUCCAUCUGGGACACAUCCCCAAUACUGAAAACGACAUAAAACAUCACCGGUGUACACAAAAAAACUAAAACAAUUUUUUUGGGGGGACAAGACAACAUCAAUAAAUAGGAUGACGGUAACGGGAAUGACAGCAUGUCACUCAAACAGCAGGUCCUCGUCGGUUUCCUCCAUCAGCAUGUUGGACGGCUCAGUGAUGGGGCCCAGCUUGGCCAGACGGGCGGCGAUCUCCUUCUCAGUCCUCUCCCUCAUCUGUUUCUUCUUCUCCUGGAUCUUCUUCAGCCUGAGGAGGUGGAGUUAGUUAGAGGCCUCAACUUGGAUAGAACCCGUUUCAGCAUGGACACUGAGGGCUUCCACCAUUUAAAAGGAGUCAACUAGGUGGGGAUUCCGAUUGGUUGGGAGAGAUCAGCCAAUGAUCAGAGCAUUGCCUUCUUUAAAUAAUGUGCUAUGGUUUGUAAUAUGGCUUUAAACUACUAUGUCACCGCCAUCUAGUGGCUACAAUAAAUUACUACAUUAGGUUCAGGACUCCAGCACUGCAGGUGGCAGUAAAUCACCAGUAUAGCUUGACACUUUUUUCAAACACAAAAGGAGAAAAUUGACCACUUUAAAACGGAGAUAGCCUCAAUUGCGCUGCCCAUACGGUCACAGAUGCCAAAAUGGCACAGAUACAAAGAUGAGACCUCUUUCCAUCUCUAUGGACACACCAUAGAAACGGAAUUAGAACCCUUUGUAUCUCUAUGAGAUACAGACAGUGAUACUCAGGUAAGAUGGGGGUUGAGACAAGGAUAUGGAGUUGAGGAUGAGGAGUUUGAGGGGCAAAAAAAAUUGAAAGGGAGAUGGACAGAGGUGAGGAGAGGGGGGGUCUGGAAUUGUAACUUACCUGUAGAACUCCUCUCGUUCCCUCUCAUCCAGCUCUGUGAUGAUGUAGCUGAGGGUACGCUCAAUGCGGGGGAUGAUUACUGUGGACAGUUCAAAUCACAUUUCAAUAAUCUCGCUCUCUUCCUACAGCCAUUAUUGAUACAUGGUGCAGGCUUUGUUAUUGUGCCAAAGCAGGGCGGACUCACCAUGCUCGAUGGCAUUCACACGGCGGUUGGUGAUCUUGAUGGCUUGAUCCAGUGUGACAAAGGAAGUCUGUCGAUCAAACAGUGAGACCAUGACACUUUGUUGUUUAGUCAGACAAACAUUGCAUGUUUUACCACAGUCUUGCAACAGACUCACUCCCUGGGGUGAUGGUAUUUAGGGCACGCAACAGAAAACGUUUUAAAAAGUUUUUUUUGCAAUGGGAAAAUGAAAAUAAGCUUUUCUUAUUGGCCAGGGCCUGGUAAUCCCUUCCUGUUUCAUUCCAUUUUAUUCCAUCUGGCACCUAAUGAACAUUACCCAGAAGUAACGGUAACACCUUGGUGACAGAGAGCGCCCCCUACCUGUAAGGAGGCCAACUCCACUAGCAGCUCCACUGCUUUAGCAUAGUUCCUCUUCAGCCUGGAGAGCUGCUCUCCUCCCCUGGCCAGACCAGUCAGCUCAUAACCUAACAAGGAGAGGAUGGAAGGAAGCAAAUAACACAGUGAGCAGUGACACAAACACACGACAUGUUCAAUAGCAGGGCAUAGAUGAAGCUUCCUUUAACCUGUUAAAAAAAAGAGUAAAAUAAAUAGUAAUUUGCCCAUAAAUGCAGCAAUGCCAAAACUUGAGAUGAUAUGAUAAUAAAUUGCCAUUUAGAUGUUUUUACUCAAAAAGACUCACAGUCAUGCGUUCAUACAAGUGCCAUGCUCUACCAACUGAGCAAUACAGGACCAGAUCAAAUAUGACUUACUGUCCCCUCCUUCUUGGUAGAGCUCAAACACAGGUAAAGUGACACCUGUGAGGGAGAGGAGAAUCACACAGGUCAGACAUUUAGGAGAGACAUGCUGUUGUUCUAAAAAGAGAAAGAGAGAUAAUAAUAAUAUGCCAUUUAGCAGACACUUUUAUCCAAAGCGACUUACAGUCAUGUGUGCAUACAUUUUUACGUAUGGGUGGUCCCGGGGAUCGAACCCACUACCAUGGCGUUACAAGCGCCAUGCUGUACCAGCUGAGAUCAGAGGUUCUAACCUGUGUGUGUGUGUUAGGGGUGUGAACGUUUAAACGAAAUUGGGAUCCUUAACAUUAAGAAAAAUCCCUAACCGAAAAACCGUUUUUAAAUCACAGUACAGAUAUCACAAAAUAUUAUUUUCUGUGUUAUAGCCUAACUAGACGAUAGGCUAUAAAGGGCCUGGGCAAAGCUGUGUAAUUUAAAGGUAGACUCAGCGAUAUGAAGUAGAUGCAGAAAGAAAACAGCAUAAUGGGUCAAUUUCCGCAAACAACUAAGAGCGUUGAAGUGCGAGGCUCAACUUCUCUGCUGUUUUGGUGCCCUGCCUACCAUGCUGUGAACAGCCUGAAGCGCACCCAUGCAGCACAUUCACAGAUACUGUGUGUGACUGUGGGAAUGAAGUGUUGCAUCAGACUCAUCUCAAUGUCCUAGCCUCUUCAUUGAUGAUAGGCUCUGCCUUACUGAAGUUGUGAGACAUUGCAAGUCAAGAAAUUGUGAGAUGCAGCAUUCCAUUGCGAGAUACAGCUUUUUGAUUGCCGAUAGAUAGGUCUGGUGCACGGUUAAGACUGUCUGCCUAGUGGCUGUCCUGCGUAUAAUAAGCCCCUCCCCUCUCUCUGUUCCUCCCUCGCUAGCUCGCUAUGAAAGAUGUGAGUGUUCUCGGAAGUACGGCAACUACUCAGUCUCCUCUGUUCCAAAAAUACUGAAUCUUAGGAGUGGAUUCCUAGCGGCCAAACAGAAAUCUUGACACUCAGAAAUGGGAGUGAACGUGCAAGGAGUCAAGGAAUCCAUUCUUUUGGAGUCGACUCUCCUCCACUACGUUGUCAACAGAUGGAAAAAUGGCAGAGAAAGACAAGCGACAGCAGAGAAGUCCUGUAUGACAUUACUUUGAGAAGUUAAAUGAGAAAGAAAUGCAAACUUUGCGACGUGGAAUUGAGAUGCAGUAAUGUAGUACAGGUGCAAUGCUGAACCAUCUGACUUUGAAAGGGCCGCACCGUGAUACCCAAACCGCUGCUGUUUAUUUUCUUUAUCCAUUUAUCACAUCCCUAGUGUGUGUGUGUGUGGUGGUGUGUGUGGCAAAGUCCAGAGCUGCUAACCUGCCACGUUGUCCUUCUUUGCACGAACCUUCACCUUGGCCUUGUUAACAUUCUGGAUGACAGUGGUGCUGUGGGAACAUUAGGAGAAUGUUAUGAGAGAACAUUGACUAAACAUUAGCAAAACACUGACAAACGGCUAAAUGAAGGCAUCCAAUGCACAUCCUCUCACCUGAAGUCGCCAGCAGCGAAUUUCGCCUCAGCUAAAGAGAAGGCCGCCUCCCUCAUCACUUCCCCCAUCAAGGUCUUCGUCUAG